AUAUGACGUCACAAUGUUUUGAAUCUUGCAGCAGUCCGUCACCGCGCUGCACCUCACUUUUAUUUUCUUUCCUCCCUUUGGAGGAACAGUAAGUUUAAUGUCGCUAUAAAAUUCUGUCUCGCAGGAGAACACAAUGGACCUCCACAAAAUCAUCCAUGGUGCCCUGCAUGAGUUUAUUCAGACAUUCAUUCCUGAUGCAGAUCUCAGCACCUUGGAUGAUGUCCUUCUGUCAUACAUCACUGGAGUCCUGGAGGAUCUUGGCUCUCACCAGAGUGUUGAGGAGAACUUUGAUGUGGAAGUCUUUGCUGAAAUGCUAGAAGCUUAUAUACCUGGUUUUGCUGAAAUUGACAGCGUCAAAGUCUGUGAAAUGAUGUUCAGCCUGGCUUCAAAACUAGCCACAGCUCGGACCACAGCUGACAAGGAAAACGGAAUGCUGAAGUCAAGACCAGAUGACCUUUCUUUGAAACUCAGCAAUUUGCCCAGUGGCUCGCCACCAGGGAGAGAGAUGCAGUGCCUUACGACGCCAGCAGAGGGCGCCACAGCUAAGGAGCCAGUGUCUGAGUGGGAGACCCAGGAGCAGCACCUGCUGGAGAUGUUUCCCAAGUGUAGUUUGUCUGAGGCUCGCAGCGCCUUGUCUAUCGCUAAGGGAGACAUGGAGGAAGCUGUGCGCCUCAUCAUAGAAGGUGACGUCCAGCUCAGUCCCACUCCACUUGUAAACCAUGGGAAGAGUGCACCCUUACUAGCUGACCAAAAACUGAAAGAGAGCAUUUUGGAGAAGUACAUGCUGGUGGACAGAGAAGACGACAAUAAAACACAUCGGCCUGUCGCCCCAAAGGAUGCUCCAAAGAAGCUAGUUCGUUACCACAGUAACCAGGUAGUAACCACAAAAGGAGAACGAUACCAGCUUGUGAAGAAAAACGAGGCAGAGGACAUGAAAAAUACGUACGUCAACCUGAAGCCCGCUCGAAAAUACAGAUUCCAUUGAUGAUGAGCACAAUACUGCCAGAGCAGCUCCUGGCAAUGUUGUUUACACUGUUUUUAAUUUAUUACUGUAUUUUCCGGAGUAUAAGUCGUGGGGGGUUUUGUUUGUUUGUUUGUUUUUACUUGG